CUAAUUGCUCUUUUUCCUCAUUUAUUUCCCAGGCUGGAUGAUAGAUGCAGACAGCCGCCCAAAGUUCCGUGAGUUGAUUGUUGAAUUCUCCAAAAUGGCCCGUGACCCCCAGCGCUACCUUGUCAUCCAGGGGGAUGAAAGAAUGCAUUUGCCAAGCCCUACAGACUCCAAUUUUUACCGUGCCCUAAUGGAUGAAGAGGACAUGGAGGACGUGGUUGAUGCUGAUGAGUACCUCAUCCCACAGCAAGGCUUCUUCAACAGCCCGUCCACAUCUCGGACUCCCCUCUUAAGUUCUCUGAGUGCAACCAGCAACAAUUCCACUGUGGCUUGCAUUAAUAGAAAUGGGGUAUGUAUGAAAGCUUUCUAAACCAGAAUUAAAUGACAUGCAUCACAGCCCUAUUACACAUGGAAAAUGCCCAUCUUAACCCAGAUCAUGUUGCUUUUCCUUCCUGCUUAUUUUCCCCCAUGUGGUUUUCUUGACUGGAAUCAUUGUAUCCUAAGGCCAAGGAUUAGUGAUCACAUAUCACAGGACCAUUCAGAGUAUGGUUCUAUAGACACACAGAAUCAACAUUACCUGGCAGCUGUUAAAAAUGAAGAUACUCAGGCCUCCACCAGACCUAUGGGCAGGAUCUGUGUGGGUGCAGCCCAAAACCAGCAUUGGAAGUAGCCGCCAGGUAAUGCUGGAGCAUGAGAAAGUGCCACGUUCGAGUUUGUACCUAUGCAAUGCUGCUCUGAAGUUUCUAUACCACUGAUUGAAUUGCUGAAUUUUUAAAAUUUUUAUUUGUAAGCCAGGCAUAGUGGUGCACACCUUUAAUCCCAGGAC